GAGCGGGCUCACAAUCAUGGCGGCUUCCAUUUCGGGUUAUACGUUCAGUUCCGUAUGUUAUCACAGCACCAACAGCGACUCGGACCAUGAAGGGUUCCUGCUGGGAGAGGUGAGACAGGAGGAAACCUUCUCGAUUAGUGAUUCCCAGAUUAAUAAUACAGAACUUCUGCAGGUUAUUGAGAUCCAUAAACAUGAACCAUGUUCCAAUCUGUUCAGUUUUUAUGAUUACGCUGGCACGGUCAAAGAGGAAAGUCUUGAUCGGAUCCUCAAAGAUAGACGGAAAAAUGUGAUUGGAUGGUACAAGUUUCGGAGAAAUACACAACAGCAGAUGUCCUAUAGAGAACAGAUUUUGCACAAACAGCUAACUAGCCUUCUUGGGGUUCCUGACCUCGUCUUCCUGCUGAUCAGCUUCAUUUCCACUGCCAACACAUCAACCCAUGCCUUGGAAUAUGUGCUAUUUAGGCCCAAUCGCAGAUAUAACCAGAGAGUCUCUCUUUCAAUUCCAAACUUGGGUACGACGAGUCAGCAAGAAUACAAGAUAUCUUCUGUGCCAAACAUCUCACAAAACUAUGCCAAAGUAAUCAAAGAACAUGGUACAAAUUUCUUUGACAAGGAUGGUGUGAUGAAGGACAUCAGACUUAUUUAUCAGGUCUAUAAUGCUCUACAAGAGAAGGUUCAGGCUGUUUGUGAAGAAGUAGAGAAGAGUGAAAGGAUAGUGGAAUCCUACCAGGCAGAAGUGAAUAAAUUGCGUGCUCAGAUUUGUGAGAGGAAGGCAGAGAAGCAGCACGAACAAAAUCUGCGUCAAUCCCUGUUACUCCGGCCUGAAGGACCCGCAGACAGCAUGUUUGUCAGUGGAGACUCUAUAGGUGCUGCUUCUAGGCCACAUGACCUUCUACCACAUCCAUACUUGGAAGAUAGUGCAAGCACAGAUGAUGUGGAUAGCCCGCCUGAUAUGCCAAGGCCACAGGCAGUGGGCUCCUCUUGCCAACAUCUGGUAAACAAACAUGGUGGGAAAGGUACCUCUAAGACAUCAGUUAGUGAAGAUAUGGAGGAAUCUCAAGGUGACUACAAAAAGUCACGGCAUCGUACGGAGUCAGCUGACAGUGAAAUGGCAGAGGAUCAGCCCUGCCAACCCAGCACACAACCCGAUAGAGAUGUAGCACUCCAGUGACAGCCUCCUGUGUGCCAGAAAGUACAGUGGGAGAUUCUGGCAAUGUUACAUGGAAUGUAAGCAAUGUGAAGCUGCCAGCCUUUGGGAGUAAAGUCUCCCUGCUGCAUACUUGCAGCACCUUUUACUCCCCAAGCAGCUACCUGUAUUCAUGGACUUCUUAAUCAGUGAUGCUUCUAUGGAGCAGAAAAUAUAGACAAAGCUGCGUGUCGUAUGUCAUGUAAAUGUCGAGCCAGUACUUUUGACCUCUUGAAGUUGUAUAGAAUUGAAGGGAUUAUUAGGUAAAUAAGGGAGUCGGGAAAUCUUAACAGCUCGCAUUAUAAUUUUAGCUAGGAGUUUUGGCUAAGACGUUGUUCAUCCCAUUAACUGCCAGAAUAAGCCUUGCUCUGACAGUGAAAGAUUUAAUGUCUUCAGUCUUUGUCCAAACUUCCUUGACUGCUGAAGUUACAAUCUUCCAAAUUCAGAUGCCUCUCUUUGGUGGUUCAUACUACCACCCACACAUCACAUACUUGUCUAUGUCCCACUGCUGUCACUUUCCUUCACUUUAAAUUUGAUGUGUUUUUACAAAAGUUAUAUAAAAAAAAAUAUUUAACUUAUUUACCUUUCUACAAACAUAAUUGUACACCACUCCUUAGCAUCAAAUCUAUACAGUCUACUCGUUACACUUAAGAUGCUAUCCAUUUCCCGCAUGUCACAUUAUUCUGGAAUGUCUUAUUGCUUAAGUUUGACACACAUUUUAGACCUCUGACAUUGAACCCCAGUAGGUAAAUGAGCACAAAUACAACCUUAUUGACCAAACUCAACAUGUUACAGUGAAAACCAAAGUAACCAACACCUUCAGCGGUGCGUAUGUAAUGAGAAACAAAGUUAACCCAUUUCUACAGAUUCAGCCCUCAGAACACAUUGUAUCUAGUAGCAACCUUUGGUGUAAAUAGAAAGCAUGAUAAGGUUCUAAUCACUUGGAGCUUGGACUAUUUAUGUGGAUAUAUUUUUGCUGAGAUGCUUGAUCUACAAAACAUUGAAGAUACAAUCCAGAUAUAACAGACGUGGGGAAUCAUUAAGUGACUGUCUUCAUAUUUACGCUCACAUUCUUCUCUUCUAAACAAAUUCCAUUAUGUGCCAGAUGGUUGAGUGGAAGGAUAUUUUUAAGAUUAGCUGCACUUUUUAAUUUAACUAAAUGUUAGUUUUCACUCAAUCAGUUGAGGAGGAACAAGGCUUUGGAGUGAGGUGUCUCAUCUUGUAAAUUGAACAUUUAAGCACAUAGAUGCUUACCACUAGGUUAAUUGCAUUGUGGUUACAGUAGUAAACUUUGUUCACAUGCAGACGAAGGAAGCAAAGUGGGUUGCUGCUGAAAAUCUUGCCUGAAAGAUCGUACAGAAAAACUUGUCUCAUUCUCCGAAUGGUGCACAAUUUUUCAGCCUUAAGACUGGUACAUAUGUUGCAGUCAAACAUAAUAAAUGUGUUUUAGUUUGUUAUUGUGUACAGAAACUUUAUGCCCAUCUAAAGGUUCAUAUUCCAUCAAAACAAAUGCUCAAUUUUACAUUUGUUUAACUGAUUUCCAUGGCUCACUUAAAUAACUGGUAAGAGCACUGGUUGUGUGGCCAUUCAGAUGGGACAUCCUAUUUUUGCACCUUUUAAAAUACAAAUGUACUUAAAAUGAAUCCACAGCAGGGGUAACCAAUUGAUCCAUGGUGGAGUUACAUCUUCCAUGAUGAUUUGCCAACCUCUAGGAAAUGUAGUUUUGACAACAUCUGGAAUGUUUGGACUACAGGGUAAUUUCUUUUAUGCCAUAACCAACCUUCACUUUAAGGCUAGAAGGUUGUCUUUGUUCUCUAUAUUGAUUUUACCAGUCUAUAAAUUGAGAUUUUUUUUAUUUUUAUUUUAAUCCCAGCACCUAAUUUCCCCUAAAUUAUAGUCUAAGCUUAAGAAAGGUUCUUCAGGUUUAGCAAACAUUAAAAAUGUUGAUGUGAAGUAAUAAAAUGUGAUCAGAUUUCUGCUCAGUGUAGAAUUUUAUUAAACCAUAUCCACCGUACUUUCAUUGACCAUAUCAACUGUACUUGCAGUUGAAUGCAAAAAAAAUAAACUGGAAAUCCGAGACCAA